UGAAAGUGGAAGCAGAGCCUCUGCUUUCUGAACCAUCGGAAGUUUCUCCCUCGAGUUCAGUCGGGGAAGACUCUUCCACUUUGCGCCCCACUCUGAAGCCUCCGCUCUUACCAAAAGGACCCCAGAUUCAUGUCAGUUAUCCUGGAUGAUGUCCUCUGUACUCUGCAGGAGGAGCAGACCAGACUAAAGAUGAAGCUACAGGAGCUACAGAAGCUGAGAAGGGAGCUAAGGGACUCCACCAAAGACAAGGUCCCAUUCCCAAUGCCUGAAGUCCCCCUGGUAUUCCGAGGACACACAGAGGAAAGCCAAGAAGUGCCGAAGUAUUUGUUUUCCAACCUGCAGAUGUGCUGCCCUCUGCCUGGAAGUUCUGCUCUGGUUACCUUUGAUGACCCCAAAGUGGCGGAGCAGGUCCUUCGCAAAAAAGUACAUAAGAUUGACAUGGAGGAGUGCCGACUGCUGGUAGAGGUCCAGCCUUUAGAGCUGCCCAGUAUGACCACCAUCCAGGUGUCCAACCAGCCAGACGGACAGAGGGUACUGGUCAGUGGAAUUCCUUCAGGACUUGAGCUGAAGGAGGAGGAGCUGUUGGAUAAGCUGGAGAUCUUCUUUGGCAAGGCCAGGAAUGGAGGUGGGGACGUGGAGACUCGGGAACUGUUGCAAGGAAGUGUCAUGCUGGGUUUUGCCAAGGAAGAAGUGGCCCAGAACCUGUGCCAGAUUGGCCAGUUCAGAGUGUCACUGGGUGGACAGCAGGUCACUCUGAAAGUCUCUCCGUAUGUGAGUGGGAAGAUCCAGAAGGCUGAGAUCAAAUGUCAGCCUGUGGCCCGCUCAGUUCUGGUGGUCAACAUUCCUGAUGUCCUUGACAGCCAGGAACUGCACGACAUCCUAGAGAUCCAUUUUCAGAAGCCCACCCGGGGGGGCGGAGAGGUGGAAGACCUGACAGUGGUGCCCCCAGGACAGCAGGGCCUGGCAGUCUUCACUUCUGAGUCCCCCUAAAUUGCAUGUUUGUAUGUGUGAGAGAGAUCUUCAUGUUCACCAGCAGGGGGCAGGGAUUCCAAGUUGCAAAACAUGAAUUACAUGGCA